ACUGGUGUCGAUGACGUAAAUUGUGCACUAGGUACACUGUAUCGUUUGGUUGAACUGAAUAGUUACAUUUUACGUUAAACGGAAAAGGUUAGAGUGGAUUUCUCUAAAGAGACAUCGAUCAUGAUUAUAGCGCUUUGUCUUUUCAUUACAUCUCUAUUUUAAGCAAUUCCUAUAUCUUUUCACACCAUUGUCGAUGUGAUAUUUCAGGGAGUGACAUCGUCCUCACCACAACGGUUGAGAAACUGGUGACCUGAGUGAACAAUGAACUGAGGGCAACCCCCCCACCCCACCCCUACCCCUCCCCCCACCCCCCUCUCCACCAGCUCUAGCAACAGAAAACCCUCUGGCCCGUCACCCCAGACCUGGGCAGAGGAGUGUGUGCGCGCGUGCGACUGCGUGUGUUUUCUGAGGCUGCCCGUGCUCCAGAAAGAGCUAAUAGGCUAACCUCCCCCUCGCCUGAGAGGAGGCCCUUCUGACCUUUGACCCUGUUUGACUGACCCCAGCCAACAGUCACCACCACCACCAGGAAGCAUGGGGAGGAAGAAGAUUCAGAUCCAACGGAUCACCGAUGAGAGGAACAGACAGGUGACGUUCACCAAGAGGAAGUUUGGCCUGAUGAAGAAGGCGUACGAGCUGAGCGUGCUGUGCGACUGUGAGAUCGCCCUCAUCAUCUUCAACCACUCCAACAAGCUGUUCCAGUACGCCAGCACCGACAUGGACAAGGUCCUGCUCAAAUACACCGAGUACAACGAGCCCCACGAGAGCCGGACCAACGCUGACAUCAUCGAGACGUUGCGAAAGAAAGGCUUCAGCGGUUGCGAAAGUCCCGAGCCGGACGGAGAGGACUCCAUCGACCAGAGCCCCCUGAACGACGACAAAUACCGCAAGACCACCGAAGACCUAGACAUUCUCUUCAAGCGCUACGGUGUCAGUUCCUCGGUCCCGCCCCCCACAUUCUCCGUGCCCGUCACCGUCCAGGCCUCUACUCAGAACGCAUUGCAGUUCAGUAACCCUGGGAACGCCAUGGUGACCACCUCCUACGUGACGUCGUCAUCGCUCUCUGACAACCACCACCUGUCACCCCAGCCACCGGCGCUCCAGAGAAGCACAGGAUCUCCCGGGUUGCCACAGCGACCGGCCAGCGCAGGUGCUAUGCUCGGCGGUGACUUGAACAACUCAAAUGGCGGAUGCCCAAGUCCAGUCCCUAACGGAUACAUCAGUGCCAGGGCCUCCCCGGGCCUCCUCUCGGUGUCCAACGGCAACAGCCUGGGGAAAGUAGUUCCGGCCAAGUCCCCACCUCCGCCUCAGAGCCCACAGAUGGUCAACAGCCGCAAGCCAGACAUCCGGGUAAUCACCACUCAGGGUGGGAAGAGCCUGAUGCAGAUGACAGAUGAUGAGCUGGAGAUGGUGAGCGAGAAUGCCCAGCGUUUGGCCGGUGCACAAGUGACCCAGAUGCUCACCACACCGGUGGUCUCCGUGACAACGCCCAGCCUCCUGGCGCAGGGGAUGCCCUUCUCCGCCAUGCCGACAGCUUACAACACAGAAUACCAGCUGACGAGCGCUGACAUCACCGCUCUCCACGCCCUGGCGUCGCCAGGCGGCCUGCUGCAAGGCAACGCGCCAUGGCAACAGUCUUUAUCCCAGCAGCAACAUCAACAACAGCAACAACUUAGUCUGGCGUCGCUUAGCAACUUGGUCAUGUGGGGCAUGGACAAACAGAGUGGGGAAUUGUCUAGCCAGAUCUCCAGUCUGGCAGCCAAUCUGAGCGCCUCGCAGUCCAACCUCCUCUUGGGUAGAGAUGAGUGGUUGGGCCGGCCGGUGGGCCACAUACCUCAGGGCGCCAUGCUGACUGUCAACACCAACUCCAAUGUGAGCAUCAAGUCUGAACCCAUCUCGCCCGGCCGAGACCGCCACUCACCGUGCCCCCCGCCGUCCUCCUCUGGAGGGGGCAUCCAGACGACCGUGCCCCCGCCACAGUACCCUGGUUCCCUACUGUGCCUGGAGCCACCAACCGGCCGUUCCCCCGCCCACAGCCUCAGCAGCAACGGCAGCUCCUACGAGGGCAAUGACCGGGAUGACCCUGGGGCAGGCGGCGGAAGUGCAGCGGGCAACCGUGGCCGUUCCCUGCCUCCUGACUUCAGCCCUUCGGUGGAGCUCCUGCGGGCCCAGAAUGAGGUGGAGCAGGAGGGAGCCAACAUCAAACGCAUGAGACUCGACGCGUGGGUCACAUAGAGGCCACGCCGCCAAUGUCAUCGACCCCUGAAGCACCCCGAACACAGACCCCCUCCCCCAACACACACUGAACCCCCCCCCCCCCCCCCGACUGACAUUUGCCACCCACCACCACACCUUCCCUGCCUCCUAUCCAACCACUUAACCCAGCUGCCCAGGACUCAAAGCAGAGAGAACGGUAUGGGCUUGCGUUCCACCUGAAGGGAGGAUGGUGUAGUGUGUUGGAUUCUGUAUGGGGCGGCGCAAUGAAUAUGGGGGCUCAAAGAAUCUCGACGCGGUCUUGCUCAAACUGAGUUUUGCGCAAGUGUCAAUUCCCACGAAAAAAAACCAUCGGGACUUGAGGAUAGUGGAUGGAUUUAAAAUGGAACAUUCUCAAACGUUUCGACUGCUCGUUGCUGUUUAUGCCACUUGUAAAAGGGACUAGAUUCGUUGGACGACAGUCGUCACGUAUUUAGUUUGAGCACGACUGUAUCGGUAACAGUAUGAUGGAUGGCUUUAUGCUGUGUUUGCUCAACAAGUGCUGGUUGUUUUCACCGUGGGACUUCCUGCCAUAUUGACUGUUCAGUUCUGUUAGAUAUAAUUAGCAGUUAGCAGUCUGUUUUCCAGAAAGCCCCCCCCCCCUUCAAAAUGCACUUUGGGAAUGACUCUGUUUUGACGAGCGCUGUUUGCGACGAUUGCUGGCUCGGCUUCAUCGGUGGCACUGAGCGAAGAGACCCAGACGGGCAAAAACAGGAUGUCCGGUCGGUCAGGGAUACACAGGAAUGGAUCCUACCUCUGCCACCAAUUUCCAACGCCCAAGCCUCAGGUGGUGGCACUUUGUGGUCAACUGGCACUGUCAGCCAAGGCCAAAAUGAGCCCCUUGCCCGAGUGCCGAUAUCAACCUCUUCUCCUAAAUGCCAAAUGCCUCGGACGCGGGUAGAGGGACACUGAAGAAUAUUGUUCAGUUAUGACUGACAGCCUCUAUGAAACAACAGUAAACACUCAUAGCCUUUGUGUCUGCCCUCUCUCUGCUCAGAUGCAUAUGGAGUCCUCAUCACCUGUUUCCAUUCUGAUUUUUUAAGGAAUUGUUAAUCUUUGUUGCUCCAGAAAUUAGGUUAGAUGCAGGGAUACGCAUCAGAGGACUUCUAAAGGCUCAUUCUACUAGUAGAAGACCCCAAUGCAAUGCACAUUUUAUGUUUUGGACUUCUGGUUGCUCUCUUUAGGGAAGUAUUUGGUAUGUUGGCAUUUUAGACCUGCUGUUAGAGGUUAGAACUGUUUAACUGUAGAUCGUUUUGGGUUGAUGAAGAGUUAAACUUUGUAUAAAAUCACCCAUUAUACAAAAGCGUUUGAUGUUCCCUUAGCUUUCUGCAACUCUUUGCAAUGUUUCAAAAGAGCUGUUUCAGCAGAAUUCAAAAACACACAUUCUAUAUUUCUAUAGCUUCAGUUGGCUUUUCAAUACGGACGAUGUGUGUAAAUAUGAGUAUAUUUGCAUAGACUUUGCUAGGUAUCCCUAAAACAAACAAUGUGGUCAUUCUCUCAGUGGAUCUGUUUGCAUAUUGAGUGUGAUUUGUAAUUUCGAGCUGCGAUGCAGGAGUCCUGCAGCAGUAGCCGGGGAGUUUGUUUCAGUAACCUAAUAUAAUGCUAGUGUUGAUGGUGUGCAUGUUUUCUCACUCGCUCUUUAGAGGCCUGCUUGGCUACAGUGUCAACAUGUCCUUUGGCCUCACGCUCUGAACCCAAUCCCCUAUUAUCAAAGUCAAAUGAUAGACCACUAUAACACAAGUUAUAAAAAUGAAAUGGAUUCUACUAUUGAAAGGAGCACAAUGUGACAUUUGUAUUGAAUCAUGGCAUUCAGUCUUAAAACGAUCUAACUUUGAACUACACUAAGGUUGAGCGAAAACAAGAGACUUUAUCUAAAGUAAUUUGCCGAUUUUGAAACAACUUUUUCUCCCAUAUGAAAUCAUGUUUUCAUAUGCUUCACACUCUGCCGUGAGCUUGGCCAAAUGGACUUGUCCUAUUUAACAAUGUAAGUAGGUGGUGUUGAUUUCUAGAAAUGUAACUGCUGUCCAUUAUGCAACACAGAUUUAGUUUCAUUGCCUGCUCAGGUGAAUCCCAGGGUUCAGUGCGUAUGGCUGGCACCAGUGACUUAUCUAGUGGGGUGCAACAUUUCACAUAGAAAUGGAAUGUCUAGAAUGAAGAACAACAACAGGCCCAAUUCAGGGGCUUUCUUUUCUACACACUACAUUUUUUGUCUGAACUUGUCGUCACGCCCACCUCAGUCUGAGGGAGAGGUCCCUCUUUGGUUUGAGACAUUUGACACCACACUUGAUUGGUUUUAACACCCUGUCUAUUGCAGGUCACUCAUGUACAGAAUGUUCUAGCAAUGUAGUCUCGACAAUCUAUGUUAAAACCUGCAUCCUUUUUUUUUUUUGUUCUUGUGUAAAAUGUUUUCUAGAUCUUAUUUUUCAAGUGUUUAAUUUGUGCUGGUGACAGUUACUUAUUGUUGUAUAAUGGAGCUUUUAUUUUUCUGGUAUUUUGUGUAGGAUAUUCAACCUUUUUUUAUUUAAUCGCCCUUAUAUACAUGAUAUGAAACUGGUUUCCUUUCUUGAAACAACUUGCUAAAAUUGCACGAUCAGUUAAUGUGAUAUAGCAAAUGCAAUGAAGGAGAAGACCAGUUAAAUGCUGCAAUAUUGAUUUUAAGAUAUGAAAAUAUUUAUGUGGGGGAACCUGAAAUGAGCAAUUAAAACGAAUUACAAAAUGUAAAUGCAUGGGAUUAUACGAAACGCUCAUGUUACAUAACAGUAACAAAAUGCAUCACAAAUGAGUAAGACAACCUCGUAAAAAUGUAGCAUAAGUCAAAUAUAUGAAAAUGAUUGAUAAUAUAUUGUGUUCAGUUAGUCUGCUUUGGGUUUUUUGUUGUAAAGACUUGUUUGAGAAUUAUAUACAUUUUGUGUAUAUUUUCAUAUGCAAUGUAUGCACUGAUAUGUUAUGAACAUUCUAUACCGCUUUUACAAGUGUUUUGUUGUACCAAAGUAUCCCAAGUCCCUUAACCUUAUCCCUUUUGUGUAUGUUUUACCGUAUUUUAUAUAUUAAAUAGACAAAUUGAGUGAAAA